AUGUCGGCCUCCUUCAAGAUUACCGAUACGCUUCCCCUCCCCAACACCAAUGCGCGCAUUCCUCGCCUUGGUUUCGGUGUCUACCGCUCGCCAACCGACGUUUGCGUGAAAUCCUGCCUGAAGGCAUUGGAAGCCGGAUACCGACACAUCGACACGGCGCAGUUUUAUGCCAACGAGGCUGAAGUUGGAGAAGCUUUGCGCACUUCCGGCGUACCCCGGGAGGAGGUUUUCGUCACCACCAAGAUUCUCAGCCCCGCUGCCUCGGUAGAGGCUACCUACGAUAAGCUGCUUGCUUCUGUGCACAAGAUUAGCGGCGCAGAUGGAUAUGUUGAUUUGUUUUUGAUCCACUCUUCCAGCUCGGGAUCGGCUGGCCGCAAGCUUUUGUGGCAGGCACUUGAGAAGCUGUUCCUGCAGGGCAAGACUAAAAGCAUUGGUGUUAGCAACUUUGGUGUUGGACACAUUGAAGAAAUGAAGUCAUAUGCUCAGGUCUGGCCGCCACAUGUGAAUCAGAUUGAGCUCCACCCGUGGUCCCAGCAGCGUACCAUUGUUGAUUACUGCCACGAGAAUGGUAUUGUUAUUGAGGCAUACUCGCCAAUUGUGCGAAAUUACAAAGCCAAUGACCCCACACUUGUGGAUAUCGCGAAGAGAUACACUCGGCCAACUCAGCAAAUCUUGAUCCGCUAUGCGCUGCAGAAGGGAUGGGUUCCCCUGCCCAAGACCGACAACCCAGAGCGAAUUGUCGCCAACGCGGAUGUGUUCACCUUUAAUAUCAGCGAUCACGAUAUGUCCUUGUUGGAUUCCCUGGAUCAGGGCAGUGCAGGUGCUAUAGUGGAGGCCGUCGACAACGAAUGA